AUGGGAUCAAUCGCAACGCCAAAGGCAGAGGCCUACGAUGUUCUCAUCAUUGGUGCUGGUCUCUCUGGUAUCGCUAGUCUUUAUCAUAUUAGAGAACGCUUUCCAUAUUGGCGGGUUCGACUUUUGGAGGCUGCUACUGAUGUAGGAGGGACAUGGUUCUGGAAUCGCUACCCUGGAGCCCGUUUCGAUUCCGAGUCUAUCUCAUAUGCUUAUUCAUGGGACAAAGAUCUGCUACAAGAAUGGCACUGGAAAGAAGCAUUCUCUCCCCAACCUGAAACUCUCAAGUACAUUCAACUGGUUACUGAGAAACACAACCUCCGCAAAGACAUUCAGUUCAACACCCGUGUCAAGUCAGCCAUCUGGAAUGGAUCUGAGAACACAUGGAAAUUCAUAGAUGAGGCAGAAAACUCAUAUACAACGAGAUUCUUCAUCAGUUGUUUGGGCUUUCUAUCUGAACCUACACUACCGAACAUUACUGGAAUAGACGGUUUCCAGGGAGAGAAAUUCCACACAUCUCGAUGGCCCCAUGAUUUUGUCAUGAGUCGUGACUUUGGUGGCAAACGGAUCGGUGUCAUCGGUACUGGUGCAACUGGCAUUCAAGCCAUUACGGAGAUCGCAAAAGAACCAAGCAUCAAAUCUCUUCAUGCUUUCCAAAGGACAGCAAACUGGUCUGCUCCCCUGCGGAACACAGAGAUUACCCCGGAGCAAAUGGCAAAGUAUAGGUCAGACUACGAUGCUAUAUUUAAACGAUGUGCUCAGACACCAAUGUGUUUCCUCCAUGAAGCCGACCCGAGAAAGUCCGCCGACGUGACAGAUGAGGAGCGACUACAACUAUGGGAAACGAUCUACGCUCAACCAGGAUUUGGAAAAUGGCUCGGCGCAUUUCGAGACACCUAUAUUGAUCGCCAGGCAAACAAGCUUUAUUCAGAUUUUAUGGAGAAUAAGAUCCGACAAAGGGUGAACGAUCCUGUGGUAGCAGAGAGGUUGAUCCCUAAGAAUCAUGGCUUUGGGACUCGAAGAGUACCGCUUGAGAGUGGUUAUUUUGAGUCCUUCAACAGAUCAAAUGUCCACUUGGUGGAUAUAAAGGAGACGCCCAUUGACAAAAUCACUCCUUCAGGCAUCUUGACCUCGGAAGGCACACAAUAUGAUCUGGACGUCUUGAUAUUCGCCACUGGCUUCGAUGCAAUUACUGGCGCUUUUAGCGCAAUCAACUGGCACGCCAAAGACGGCCGACCACUUGUGGGUAGCAGCGAUGAAAAGAAAGGUCAAGAAGCAGUAUGGAUCGACCAUAAGCCGAAAACCUUCCUCGGGAUUACUGCUCCAGCAAUGCCCAACAUGUUCAUGGUCUUGGGACCCCAUCAACCAUUUGGAAAUGCCACGCGAAGCAUCGAACAUGCCGUACAGGUCAUUUGUGAAUUAUUGCAGUACUGUGAUGAGAAUCACUAUACAUAUGUUGAACCCACACAGGACGCAGUGGAAGAUUGGACUGAGCAUGUUCACAAAUGUGCUGAGGGUGCACUGUCGAAUGAGGUUGAUAGCUGGAUGACGGGCGUGAACAAGAAUGUUGCAGGAAAGACUACGCGUAGUGUAGCUAGGUAUGCCGGAAGUGCGAUCGAGUUUCGUAAGCGAUGCGAGGAUUGUAGAGCUGCUGGGUGGAAGGGUCUGAUGUUUUUGUAG